AGUCCCCAUUAAUACUGUGUGAUUUUCUGUAACUUUUCGUCUGUGUUCACUGUUGAAGUUUGCAGGUCAAAGCAACGAAAAUACUUCCUUAUCGAGGCACUGCUGAGUCGGACCGGUACCCGAAGUGCUGUUCAAGCUGUUACAGUUGUUGUCGUACUUAGGGAUGUCGAUGGCAGCUGACGCGUUAUCCACAGUCACGAUGAAGUAUUAUUUCAGGUAUAUUUCCCCUAUGUAAUUCUUCCCAGCCCGAAGUCAAUUCUUUGCCGUCUUCAAAUUUUAUACCCCUUCUUCACGGACCGCGAUCGCCUUUAUGGACAAAGUUUAUUCCGAACGUAAAAUAGAUCCUCGUGUUGUGUGCCUAUCAUUUAAAACGGACGAACCCUGCCUUCCCCUCUGCUUUGCUUUUGCUCCCAUCUCGUCUGCAAGAUGUCCCCAUUUGAUGAUAUAGUAACAGACAACAAGGAAGAUUACAAGCUUGAUAACGAGUUCGCUUUGGACGACGAAUCUGAGGAUGAAUCAUCAGAACCUGCAGCUUUCCCAGAUUCUUCUAAUAGCGGGCCCAGUCGUGAGCGCUUGGGUAGCUUCCUCCGUGGCAGACGUGGAUCGAGCAUUGCUGCAUCCGAAAACCGAAAGCCUCGUCAAGGGUCUAUGACCUCCAACAUAAGUGGCUUUAUCCGUGGCAGGCGUGGAUCAAGCGUUGUUGCUUCCGAACGCCAAAAACCAGGCCAAGGAUCUAUGACCUCCAAUACUGGUCUCCCAGCCGUAUCCUCUUCCUAUCAUGGAGCUGUCACCAACGACUCCGACCUUCCUCCAGGCUAUCUUAUUCCUUCAUUGUUGAAAAGCGACCAUUCCUUAGCGACGCGAAGAAUGUCAAGGACAACGCAAAUCAUGAACGAAGAGAUGAACUCUCUUGGGCGCGAUAUUGCCAUUCCGGAGCCAAGCUACAACUACAAGAGGGAUGGGCUGACAGUGGCUCUGGACACUGUACCUCCUACACCGGCGACCGAAAUCGUGGCAUUCGAAAUCGAGGAAAUUCCGGACCAUCGUGCCACAGGAAAAAUAGCGAGUUGGAGGGGAGGAAUAAUUUUGGGAACGGCGUGCUUUGCUCAAUUAAUAGACAACAUCUGGAUGACUUCGAUCAACAUUGCAGUUCCUCACAUUGCAGAGGAGUUCAAUCUUGAGGACGGAUCCCAAUCGUGGCUUGUUUCUGCCUACACUCUUACUUUUGGUGGUUUCCUCCUCCUUGCUGGAGUUCUAUCCGACCGCCUGGGACGCCGUGCUAUGUUCACCGCAGGGAUGCUUUGGAUGAUGGCCGCUUCAAUUGCUUGUGGAGUAGCUCGAACAGGAGUUCAAUGUAUCGUUUUCCGCGCUUUGCAAGGUCUUGGAGCGGCCGCAUCUGUUCCGAGUGCAAUUGGCGUCUUAUCUAAUUUCUUUGUGGGGAAUGAGAAGCAUAGAGCCUUGAGUAUGUUUGGGGCUGCCGGAGCUGUAGGAUUUGUCGUCGGAUUGAUCUUAGGCGGCAUACUCAGUGGAACUCUUGGAUGGCGAUAUAUCUUUUACAUUGACGCGCCUAUAAUCGGUAUCCUUGCUGUGUUAGGAUGGUUCUCGUUUCCGAAAGAAAAGCCAAACACUGGGGGUAGGAAGCCUACGCUGGACUUGCUGGGUGCUGGCCUUGGAACAAGUGGAAUCGUUUUGAUGACCUUCGCGUUGUCGCAGUCGGAAGUGUCCGGAUGGAAUAAACCUAUCGUUGUUGUCACUCUCAUUGUCUCAAUUGUAGUUCUAUUGGGCUUCACAUGGGCGGAACGAAAAGUCCAGAAUCCCAUUAUGCCUACAUAUCUAUGGAAGCUCCCUUCCUUUGCAGGCAUUUGGUGCGCUGGAUUUCUCCUGUAUUGCUGGUGGGCCUCCGUGGUGUACUACCUUUCACUCAUCGCCCAAGAAGUCCUGUUUUUGACUCCCCUCAAUACUGGAUUAUAUCUGAUUCCAAUGGGUGCUUGGGGCUUUGUUGUCAGCAUUGCAACUGGUAGGGCCGUUGAGCGAUUCGAGUUAAAGCCAUUGCUCGUCGGAGGCUUUUUCAUUUCCGCUGUUGGAACGUUGCCUGCGGCAUUUGUAAAGACUGGAGAUCUCUUUUGGCCGCUUGUGUUCCCUACAGCGAUAAUUUGCGUUACCGGAAUCUCUAUCGCUUAUAACGUUGCCUCGAUAGCACUGGUUUCUGCCGUGCCACCGGUUGCCAAGUCCCUCGCAGGUGGUUUGAUCAACACGGCCUUCCAAAUAGGUUCAGGUUUCGGGCUCGCUAUCACGAGUCUCGUAUAUGAAAAUGUAUUACAAAAACAACCAAAUCCAACUGAUCCUUCAUCUCUUAUGAAAGGAUAUCAGGCCGCAUUGUUUACAUCGUGUGGACUUGUCGGAGGGUCUCUGUUGUUGUCCAUUUUGACUGUGCGCAACGGACAACAGACUGUGUCUUCAGGGAUGAUGGUUCAUUGAAAUCACCUGAUUGCUUGCCUUGUUUUUAAUACGUUCAAGUCGUGGUUGUGUUCUCACUCGAUCGACUGUAGAUGAAAUUGCUUUUCUGUUUCCUGUCUGUGUUGAUAUGUGCAUUUUGUGAUCAUUAUUUCGAUAGACCGUCUCUGUUGUACACUGCAAGGAUUGAAAAAAGAGCGUAAUUAGCCAGGAUAUUCACUCAAACAAGGUCCGUUGAGUUAGUCGCCUUUGGACGAUGUCUUGAUAAGAGCAAUGCGUAUAUCUCUUUCUUGUGCCCUUAAGCCGGGCCCAGCGUCAUUCUCGCCCAUCAUACUUGUUUUUCUUCUGCGCUGAAAUAUAACGGGGGUGAACCGAACUCAUUUGAAUACGUCUACCCCACAUAACAUGAUUGAAUGCAACGUUAACAUUAAUACUAAGGCC